AUGGCCUUGCCAAUGAAGACCGCCAUGAAGAAGGCCAUGAAGGCAAGCACCAUGAAGGCCAAGGCCAUGAAGAAGCCCAUGAAGGCAAUGAAGAAGAAGGCAGUGUCGAAGAUUGCUACGGGCAGGCUUGCGAAGUCUCGAGUCUUCAAUGGCGCGAAGGAGAAGACUACGGGUGGUCUGCAGAAGGCCAACCUGAUGAAGAACAAGCGCGGCAAGGUCGUCAGCAAGAAGAUGCACGCCAAGGGGAAGUCAAUCCAGAAGUUCGUGCAGGGCUGGCUCAGCGCAGUCGCGACGGCCAGAAAGGAGCUGGGCAUCAAGGGCUUUUGUGUGAUCGGCGGCAAGAGCGCUCAGGGGAAGGCGCUCUAUGCCAAGGCCAAGGCGAUUUAUGCGGCGUGA